AUGCCGCCACCGCCGCCGCAGGGUCCCGUUCCCUCCCAUGCUGGCCGCGCCAACCUCUUCUCCGCCCCGCCGCCUCCCCUCUCCAACCGCCGCUACCCCCAUCAACGGUCCCUGCCUCUCCCGCCCGUCUCCCCUCGCCGCCGCGACCCCAAGAACCACUCCCGGCAGCCUUCCCAAGAAGAAGAACCGACAGACAGCGGUCCAAGGAGAACGGCCAGCACCAACCCGGCCUUCCGCGCGGCCCACCUCCGUACCGCGUACCGCAAGCCCGUGCCCCCAGCCGCAGCCGCCGGCGAAGGCGAGGCCCUCCUCGCCGCCGACCCAACCGACGCCGCCUCGGGGCGCGCCGUCGUCGUGGGUCCCUCGGGCCUCUCCUUCCGCCUCCCCGGCGCGCCGUUCGACUUCCAGUUCAGCUACUCCGAGGGGCCCCGCGCCCCACCGCUCGCCAUCCGGGAGCCGGCCUUCCUGCCCUUCGCGCCGCCGACCAUGCCGCGGCCCUGGACGGGCAAGGCGCCGCUGCUGACCAAGGAAGAGAAGGCGCGCCGCCGGGGCGUGCGGCUGCACACGCCGCUCGGGCAGGAGCCGCCGCAAACGGUGAGCGCGCACGGGAUCAUGAUGGAGGUCAGGGAGAGGAGGCAAAUGGACCUGGCCAGGGUGAGCCCCGGUGACGGCAGGAGCAGGGAGGAGGUGCUCGGUGAGCCGCUCACCCCAUCUGAGCUGGCACUCCUGCUAUCAGCAGUGUUUUUGUUUGCUGGUCCCAAGAACACCACUGCAUUCAAGCAGGAGGUUGCCAGCAGAAGAGAUGGUUUGACUCACAACAUGUUGGAAAUGAUACAUUGUCAUUGGAGGCGCCAGGAAAUCUGCAAAGUUAGAUGCCGUGGCGUUCCAACUGUUGAUAUGAAGAAUCUCUGUUAUCAUCUUGAGGAAAAGUCGGGUGGAAAGGUCAUUCACCGAGUAGGUGGCGUUGUUUUUCUAUAUAGAGGAAGACAUUAUGAUCCAAGGACCCGUCCUCGCUAUCCACUAAUGCUCUGGAAACCUGCAACUCCUGUAUAUCCAAAACUCAUCAAAGAAGCUCCAGAAGGGCUUACAAAAGAAGAAGCAGAUGAAAUGAUUAGGAAAGGGCGUGAUCUGCUGCCAAUCUGUAAAUUAGCCAAAAAUGGAAUAUACAUCACUCUUGUCAAGGAUGUGCGAGAUGCUUUUGAAGGAAAUGACCUGGUGAAGAUUGACUGUGAGGGUUUGAAUCCAAGUGACUACAAAAAGAUUGGAGCGAAACUAAGGGAUCUUGUUCCCUGUGUUCUUUUAUCAUUUGACAAUGAACAGAUAUUAAUGUACAGAGGCAAAGAAUGGAAAUCCAGAUACUCGAAGCCUCUUACUCUCAUUCCGAAAGUUCCAAAGAAUAAUGUGGCAAUGUCAUCUGACAUGAAUAGUUCAGAUACAGAUGAAGUUGCGAUAAGAGAAGUAUUGAGACCCAAAAUGUUUAAAUUAUGGAAAAGUGCAGUGGACUCGUCUCUGGCAUUGCUGCUGGAUGACGCUGAAGCAAAUGAUCUGACACCCGAUUCACUCCUGACUUUGGUUGAGGAGUUCAGCGUGACAUCUCAGGCAGCGGAGCACUCAUUUCCUGCUCUGCUUGUGACCAAUAGUGAGGUGAACACCGAAUCUCUAAGUGCAGAAUACAUAAAUGAUGAGUCUGAAACAAGCAUUGCUGGAAACGAAGAGGGCCAGCUCGAGCAGUCGUCACCUCAUCUAUGUGACGAUGAACAUUUUGAGCUUGACAUGUUUGAGCGUCUGGAGUCAUCUGUGCCAUUGGGUUCGCUGCCGAUUGACAGCAUGAUAGAGCAGCUGAACAGUGAGUGA